AUGGCGAAGAAGACGGCAAGCAUGGGACGCCAGAGAAUCCCAAUAGCCAAAAUAGCAAAGAAAAGCCAUCGACAAGUCACCUUCUCGAAACGGCGAGCAGGGCUUUUCAAGAAAGCAAGUGAGCUUUGCACACUUUGUGGAGCCGAGAUUGCCAUUGUUGUCUUCUCACCAGCAUGCAAGGCCUUCUCUUUCGGCCAUCCAGAAGUGGAAUCUAUUGUUGAUCGCUUCCUCACUAAAAACCCACCACCAAAUCAACCCACUAAUGCAGCCCAUCAACUUGUUGAAGCUCAUCGAAACGCCAACGUCUUGGAGCUCAAUUCCCAUUUAACUCGGCUUCUAGUGUUAGCAGCGGAGAAAAAGAGGGGAGAAGAGCUUGAGCUUGCGAAGAAUGCUAGCCGGAGACAUUGCUGGUGGGAGAAUCCGGUGGAAGAAUUAAGGUUGAAUCAGCUGCAACAGCUGAAGAAUGCGUUGGAGGAGCUAAAGAAAAAUGUGGGAAGACAGCUAACAGGAUUUUGGUUCAGUCUGCAAUCCUUCGGCGUCGAUGGCAAUGGAGGUCAAUGA